AACUGCACCGGGAAAUGGAGGUUGUUCUACAAAACUCCCGACUUGGUUUUUAAAAAAAAAGACACACACAGCGAACGCGCACGGUGGUUCAUUCGCCGCCGAGAACUACGAAGUUAUAUCCAAUUAAAUUAAUGAAUUUAAGUAAUUAAUUAAUGAAUUAAUCGAUAACUUGUGGAUUGCAUCUUGCAGUGUAUCCUGUGUACUUCUGUUCAUGAGGACUUAUGUGGUCAGUAGUCGGCAUCGAAACCUGCCUCCUGAGGUCUUGCUGAGGAUCUGCAUUUUAACCACACGAGCUGCACUUCUACACACCUUUGAGCAGCAGUAUGAUGCAGGCAGGAGUCUGUCUGAGACAGGACACUGAGACAACACUACCAGAGCUCACUGAGCAACACAGGACCAGACAGAAAGAAGAGGAACUCAGUGGACUGGAGCCUGUCCACAUGGCAGAGUCAGAGACAGAGUGUGCUGCACCAGGACUGAACACACUGGAGCCAGAGUGUGUUACAGCACACAGUGGGGUCAGUGAUGUACAUCACACACACACAUCACUUAAAACAGAAACUGAUCUGGGCUCUGCCCACACUGGGGAUCUUACUAAGACUGAGAGCUUAGACAGUGCAGAGCUGCGAUGUAUAAGCCAUCUGCAUUCUGACCAAACCAAAACAGAGUCUGUUGAUGGUGGAUAUGUUAAGGUAGAACACACCAGUGAAUUACAGGAUGUUAAAUAUGUUAAUAUUAAAUCAGAUCAAAUCAAGUAUGAAUCCAGUGAAUGUUUGGUGAGUGACAUCAUGAAUACUGUGAUGAACGGAGCUGCUGUUGGUCACAAAGACCAGACUGAAUCAGGGCAAUGUGCAGGAGAGCCAAACCAAAACUGUAAAAAUGAAGAAAUUCAUCAUCUGCUGACCCAAUGUGGGGAUUUAUAUCAUAACUGUGACAUAAACAAUGAGAAUACUCAGCCCAGAAUUGUCCUGCAGAAAAGUAUAAACAGUAGGAAAAAAAAUAUUGAUCGUAAGAAGACAGGUCACAGAAAUCAAAGAAAAAUUAAUAUGAGUGAAAAGCGGUAUAGGUGUACACAGUGUGAGAAGUGUUUUUCACAGAAAAGUGCUUUAAGUCGCCACAAGAGAAUUCAUACAGGUGAAAAGCCGUACAGGUGUAAACGGUGUGAGAAGUGUUUUUCACUGAAAGGUCUUUUAACUUGCCACAAGAGGAUUCAUUCAGGUGAAAAGCCAUUCAAGUGUGCACAGUGUGAGAUGUGUUUUUCACAGAAAAGUACUUUAAAUUCCCACAAGAGGAUUCAUACUGGUGAAAAGCCGUACAAAUGCACUGAGUGUGAAAAGUGUUUUUCACAAACAAGUACUUUAUAUAGCCAUAAGAGGACUCAUACAGGUGAAAAACCCUACAAAUGUACAGUGUGUGGAAAGUGUUUUUCCCGAAAUAGUGUUUUAAAUGACCACAAGACGAUUCAUUCAGGUCAAAAGCUGUACACAUGUUCUGAGUGUGGGAAGUGUUUUUCACAGAAAAGUUCCUUAAAUCGCCACAAGAUGAUUCAUACAGGUGAAAAGCCAUACAAAUGUCCUCAGUGUGGGAAGUGUUUUUUACAGAAAAGUAAUUUAAAUAGCCACAGGAUUAUUCAUUCAGAUGAAAAGACAUGCAAUUAGUGUACUCUGUUUGGGAUGUUUUAAUACAGAAGUACAAUUUAAAUAUUAAUGUGCAUAUGGAUUAGAGUUACUGGUAUUCAGUAUGAGGAGUUUUUUAAUACAGAAUAUUCAUUAGAUACUCACCUGAGAGUUCAUUCAGAUUAACAACCUUGCCAUCAGAGAAAUGCUACAGGUGAAUAGCGCUCCAAUUAAUUUCUGCUUGAGAAGUGUUUUUUAUAUGCAAGUGCUUUAAAUUGCUACAAGAUAAGCUGAAAACUCUUACAAAGGAAAGCGCUUUGCAUGCAUUCUGUGCUAGGAUUUUCUGUUGUGCAUCAUUUAAAUAUUUAAAUCUUGACCAAAAAUGCUUUCAGAGGGAAAGAUGUUUUUUCAUUGUUGAAAGGUUUAAAAUACCCCAUCUGGUUUAAAUGAUACCAUAAAACAUAAAAAAUCAUAAGCACAAUGGUUGAUUAUGUUAUUUUCAGAACAUAAACUUCCAUGAGAAACUAAAUGAAUGUAACUAAUGUGGGAAGUUUGCUUAUAUGUGAAAUUUGCUUGUAUACGUGGGUUUGCAUAAAGCCUUUGCCAAUUGAAUAAACUAAAUUAUAAAUUAUAAUUGAAUAUAUAUAUAUAUAUAUAUAUAGUUUUGUUCACACUUUUACUAUUAUGAACCAUUAUACUUUUAAACCAUACAUACAGUUGAACUGUUGAAACUGUGAAUCUAGCACAUAUCUGUCUGAAUGCAGACAGAUGCUCGACCCUACCCCCACCUCCCUGCUCCUAUGGAACUUUGUCUCUGGAUCAGGACUCUUCGAGGUCGUCUCCACAGCAACGGCCGUGUCCUCGUCAUCAGUAUCAGACGGCAGAGACAAUGUUGAGACUGUGGUGGAGAUGAAGUCCAUGGACUUACACACACAUGCACACGAAGAUACAUAACACACACACCACCUCCUACUCAACGCCUUCUUGGCUCCCACCCCCCCUCC